AUGACCCCUCUGCAGCAGCUACUUGCGGGCGCGCUGGCGCUCUACGCCGCAUGGCGCGUCGUGCGCAUGCUGUUCUCCAAGUCGCCUGUGGAUAACAUCCCUGGGCCGGACUCCGAAUCAUACCUCACUGGAAACAUGAAUCAAUUUAAGCAAGAUCGCUGGGGGUUCCAGGAGCAACACGUUCGGACCUACGGCCGGCUGUUCAAGUUCCAUGGCCUAUUCAACGCACCCUGGCUUUACACCUAUGACCCGAGGGCCAUGCACAGUAUCUAUGUCAAGGACCAAGACGUCUACGAAGAGAAUGAUGUCAUUCUGGCGUCCUUCCACACAGCAUUGGGCCCGGGUUUGCUCGCGACCGUAGAGAAGCAGCAUCGGCGGCAGCGGAAGAUCCUCAACCCUGUGUUCUCUGCCAAGCACCUCCGCGACGUAACGCCCAUAUUCAACGACAUCAUCAACCGACUCCAGGUGGCUAUCUCUUCCCGCGUCAAGACUGGCACUCAGGAGAUCGACGUCCUCGGCUGGAUGGGCCGGACGGCCCUCGAGCUCAUUGGACAGGGCGGCCUUGGACACUCGUUUGAUCCCCUCACACACGACGUCGCAGACGAGUUCGCCGAGUCGGUCAAGGCUUACUUCCCGGUCAUGCACCAGCUCGAGGUCAUCCGCCUUGUUCUCCCGAAGGUCUACCAGCUGGGCCCGGCCGUGAUCAGGCGCAAACUUCUCGAGCUGAUUCCCUUCGGCCCGGUCCAACGCAUGAUCAAGAUUUCGGACGCGCUGCACACGACUUCGCUCGAGAUCUACCACGAGAAGAAAGCUGCGCUGGAGAAGGGCGACGAGGCGAUGAAGCAGCAAGUCGGCGAGGGCAAGGAUAUCAUGAGCGUCCUUCUGCGCGAGAACAUGGUGGCUUCCGAAGAGGACCGUCUUACUGAUGAGGAGGUCGUCGCUCAGGUCUCGACCCUUGUACUGGCCGCGAUGGACACCACCUCGAACGCCCUUGCGCGCAUCUUCAGCUUGCUGUCGGAGCACCCAGACGUCCAGGAGAAGCUGCGGGAGGAGCUCGUGCAGGCCCGCGACGAUGGCUCCGGAAAGCUCAGGGAUCUGAGCUACGACGAAGUCAUGGAGCUCCCCUACCUCGACGCCGUCUGCCGCGAGUCGCUUCGGCGGUACCCCCCGGUCACCCACCUGAUGCGCGAAGUGACCAAGGACGCGAUGCUCCCGCUCUCCGAGCCGAUCACGGGCAGGGACGGGCAGCCGAUGCACUCGAUCCCGGUCACGAAGGGCAUGCGCAUCUUCACGGACGUCAUCGCGAGCAAUUGCAACAAGGAGCUCUGGGGCGAGGACGCGGACGAGUGGAAGCCCGAGCGCUGGCUGGGGCCGCUCCCGCGCGCGCUCGAGGACGCGCACAUCCCCGGGGUGUACUCUCACUUGAUGACGUUCAUCGGAGGCGCUAGGGCGUGCAUUGGCUUCAAGUUCUCCCAGCUCGAGAUGAAGGUCGUCCUCGCAUCGCUCCUGCCCGCGUUCAAGUUCGAGCCGACCGGCAAGCCCAUCUACUGGAACGCAGCCGGUGUUGCCUACCCUUCCGCCAGCAAGGGCAGCAGGAAGCCGGAGCUGCCCCUCAAGGUGACGUCGCUAUCGUAAACCCCAGUACAACCCCCCGCAUCGACCCUAUUUCCCGCACGAGUGCGUUGAAGCACGGCCUUCUGGUUUAUUACAGCUCUCAACACUCCUUGUCCUAUUGCAUAUCAUCAAUCAUACCUAAUUGUUC